AUCAGCUGUUUUCGGCAGCCGCAUUUGUUAUUUAACCAGCCACAAUUUUACGGAUCGAAAUAGCUUUAACAAUGAAUAACUGUAUGAAACUGCUCCCGGUGGCUGUCAAGUGCCAGCAGAGGACCAUCAGCACAACCGCCGUCCUGGAGGGAAAACGGAACUUUCGCAAGUUCGUCGUCUACAACAAGCGAGGAACGCGUGUGGUAAAGGAGGCCCAGAGAACCAUGGCCAACCCGCCAGUGCCCAUACACAAGCGUGGAGUUCGCGACACAGGCAUUAAAAUCGACGGAAAUUACAUUGAGAUCCCCGAAAAGAUUCCGGAACUCAUCGUACCCGAUCUCACCGGCUGCAAGCUCAAGCCCUACGUCUCUUACAAAGCUCCGGACGUCGUUCAAUCUGAAUUCACCAGUCUGGACUUGUUUAAUGCCAUCUAUUCCAAGAAGAUUAUAGAGGACUUUAAGGCGGGGACCCUGCAGGCUGAUGGAAGUGCCAAGGAACCUUCCCCCAACGAGCAGCUUACUGCGGAAGAGGCAUACCAGCGAGCUCGAAAGACGGGCACCGACAUUUUCUAAGCAUAGGUUUAUUUUUGUUAAAUACAGAGUCUAAAAUCCACUA